AUGGAUCAAGAUCCCAAUUCGGAUGCCGUGACGAUUCACGAGCACCCUCCGUCAACCUGGUCCUCAUCGUCUGGGAUACUCCCCCGCCUCCAAUCCCAGCUCCCCUACUCCAUCCCCCUCCUGCGUCGGAUCCAGCACCACCUCGCCUAUCCCACCUCCACCGCCACCGUCUUGGCUACGUUUCCUGCAGAAGAGGAAGAAGAACCCUGGCUAACAGCCUACAUCGACCUGCACGCCGGCCGCGAGACCCAAGUGGUGAUCUACAGCAGCGCGGAAGCGGACUCCUCAGUCGACCGCUCCCGCUCCCUCUCCCUCUUGUCUUCCAAACACACCCAGACAAUCCGGCGCCAACUCCUCGCCCUAUUCCAACAUAUCAAAACCCACCUGCUCCCGGCGUACACCGCCCAUCUCGCGGCCGCGGGACCCGUGACAGCAACAGCAACCAAAACAGAUCACCAGCUGCCCCCACCCCCGCCGCAGGCCUUUCUAAUCGGGAAUCUGCACACGGGGCUGCUGGCGGUGCUUCUUGCGGGGCCGACCCCGACCCCGACGGAAACCGAUGAGCAUGCGCUGGCAGCAGUGUAUACUUCCGGCGUGGGAUCGGCGUCGUUCGUCCCGGGGCUGAAGGUGCAUCGCUACGACCACGCGCCGUACGUCAAGUAUCUGUUUGGGAGGGAGGAGGUGGUUUGUCCCCGGGAUGGUGGUGGUGGUAGUGCUGCCACGGGUCAGGAUGGCUUCCGCUUCCACACCCGCGACGGCCGGCAGGGCGUGCAACCCCAGCAUUUCGGCCUCGUGCGGAGCCGCACGGUGAUUCCGCGGUCGGAUGCGACCUUGGCCAUGUUGCCCGGGGCGGCGAUUUAUGCGCCGACGGCCGGAGCGGGUGAUGGAGGGACAGAGAAUCCCGUGGCGUGGGCGUUUCUCGGGCCCGACGGGUCGCUGGCGACGUUGCAUGUUGAGGCGGAGUAUCGCGGGCAGGGGCUGGCGGGGAGGGUGGCGCGCGAGGCGAUGAGGCGGGGGAUGGUGGAGGAUGGGCGGUGGUGGAACGGGAACGCGGAGGACAACCCAGCUGGGGAUGGGAUGCUGGUGCAUACGAACGUGGCAAUGGGGAACGGGGCGAGUCGGCGGGUGAUGGAGAAGUUGGGGGGGAGGCUUGGCUGGACGGUUACGUGGACAGUCGUGGAGGUGCUACAGUAG